AUGACUCUGGGCACAUCUCCAAAUCCAAGACAAGGCUUGUCUUCUCACGCGUGUCUUUUUUGUCAGCGUCGGAAAAGAAAAUGUGAUGGGGGACAUCCGUGCGAAACAUGUAUCCGCUUCAAAAACAGGGACGGUUGUGAGUAUAGGCUAGAUAGUGAUCACCGGAAGAAAAAAUUAGAUUCUACCCAAAUGGACUACCUUGAAAUCAAGGCCGAUUUGUUACAUCAAUUAGCAAUUAGUUUUGAGAAUGACGAUCCUCGUUUGGACGAGGCCUUAAAACUUUCUUCUCCUCCUGAAGAGCCAUCUGAUAUGGCUCAAGCUCAGGUAACGAAUGAAAUGUUUUUGAAUGCGUCCGCACUUGACGAUAUCACAUCUUCGUAUGGCAGAAUAGAACGUGUUGAUGGGACCGACUCAUUCUAUGGGCCCACUUCUGGGCGCUCGCUAACACCAGUUCUUGAUGUAUCAAAUAAAGGUGAUGUUAGUCUGAAUGACAUAUUCAAUCAAAUUAGUAAUGAUCGGAUUUCUCAGAGCCUCGUGCAAUAUCUGCUGGACAUUUUUGAAAACACGUUCCUGUCAUAUUUCCCUUACUCCAUCAGUCAACUACUACGGUUGAAGUCAGUCGAGCUCUCUGAAGAAAAUAAAUCUGAACGGUUUCUACUUUGCUCAAUUCUCGCUUAUGCAUCUGCUUAUAGCGAUGAACAAAAGCCCCUGACAAGCUUAUUUCUGAAAGAAGCUAAAAAGGCGCUACUGAAUGGUCCUGAUACCGCCGACCAAAAUCGGCUCAUUCUAGGAUUGAUGGUUUUGUCUUCUUGUCAAUUGGGAUUAUCGCACGAUUAUGAGGCUUGGAUGCUUCAUGGUUCGUGCUGUUCGAGAGUUUUUGCUACAAGGUUUCACUCGCUCCCUGUUUCAGAAAAACCCCAACAUUCAACCGAACCAUACUCAUCUCGUGGCAGUGGUGACAGCAGGAAGGCUGUUUUCUGGUCUAUCGUGCUACAAGAUAGGCUCAUGGCUACAAUAUUUGGAAGAGGUAGUCGCAUUCAUUACUCUAGAAUAACUACGCCGUUUUAUACUGCUCCAAAACCUUCCGAGAACAAUAUCUCAGACUAUCGAUAUGUUGGUGAUCUCACAUUCUCGUUUCAGUCGAAGAUGUGGUACAUCUACGAUCGGGCAAUUCAACAGCUAUAUUCCUCGAAAUCCCAUUACAUCCACCGAUCUCACAAGCUCUCGCUGCUCAAGGCUGCUACGACUGCUUUGAAGCAACUACUGCAGACAUUUCCAGACUUGAUUCAGAUAAGACUGUCCACUUCAGAUCGCCGCAUUUUAUUGCUACAUCUAUCAUACUAUGUUGUUUCGAUCGUUCUUUAUCGCUCAUUCAUUGAGACUGGAAAAGAAGUCGUCAAUAUCAUGAUCCGCUUAUCUUCAUCUGCUGUAGAUAUUGUGGAUCGUUUUAGUACAGCUCAUGGAUUCAAUCGCUCGCCAUGGUGGUCGGGGUAUCUGCUGUUCCAAUGCGCUAUACUUGAAUUAUUCCUUCUAACACUUCGUGAUGAGUCGCUCCAUGAAGAUGCAAAGACUAGAUUUAACAAGUAUCUCACAGCAUUGAGCGAAUUUGCUGAUACGUGGUCGAGAGGAUUGAAUAACGUUCAGAUUCUGGGACUGCUAGCUGAGAGGUGGAAUGUCAGAAUGACCUCACUGGACGAGCUGCGGAAAAAAUCUAAGGGGUCUUUCAACCCUCAACUCAAUGAUCCUAGUUUGAACGAUCUGGUUCAAUACGAUUCGCUCUUUUUGUUUGCAAGCAAUGAAGACUUUUGGCGCGAAACAGAUCCGCUCAGUGAUAUUCCUCAACCUGGUUCACUAGAUUUUGGUUCUGAGAGAAGCUCUAAAGAAAAUGAAUUUUAUCAGUCUUUGUUUGGCGAUCUUGAUCUGGAAUCAACGGUAAGCACUGAAUCUGGUACGCGCAACGAUUAG